CAGCCAGGCAGGUCACAUGACACUCAGUUCUAUGGUUCAGGCAGUACGGGCUUCACGGAGCAGGGCUAGCUGUUAGCUUCAGCUGACUACACGGCCGAAAUGAGUUUCCUUGGAGGUUUGUUUGGGCCAGUUUGUGAGAUAGAUGUACUUCUGAAUGAUGCAGAAAACAGAAAGACAGCUGAGUUAAAGACUGAAGAUGGCAAAGUGGAGAAACAUUACCUGUUCUAUGAUGGGGAGUCUGUAUCCGGCAAGGUGAACCUAAAUGUAAAACAGGGGGGGAAACGCCUCGAGCACCAAGGCAUACGUAUAGAGUUUGUUGGACAGAUAGAGCUGUUUUCUGAUAAAAGCAACACACAUGAGUUUGUGGACCUGGUAAAAGAGUUGGCCCUACCUGGAGAACUCACUCAGAAUCGGAGUUAUGACUUUGAGUUUAUGCAGGUUGAGAAGCCGUACGAGUCCUACACAGGAGCUAAUGUCAGGCUAAGGUAUUUUCUCAGGGUGACCAUAGUCCGCCGCCUUUCUGACCUAGUCAAAGAGUAUGAGCUUAUUGUCCACCAGUUAGCCACAUACCCAGAUGUCAACAACUCAAUUAAAAUGGAGGUCGGAAUUGAAGACUGUCUGCACAUUGAGUUUGAAUACAAUAAGUCCAAAUACCACUUAAAAGAUGUGAUUGUGGGGAAGAUCUACUUUCUGCUGGUCAGAAUUAAGAUCCAACACAUGGAGCUACAGCUCAUUAAGAAAGAGAUAACUGGCAUAGGACCCAGUACUACCACUGAGACUGAAACUGUUGCUAAAUAUGAGAUAAUGGAUGGUGCUCCAGUCAAAGGAGAGUCAAUCCCCAUCAGACUGUUUCUUGCAGGAUAUGACCUGACGCCCACCAUGAGGGACGUGAACAAGAAGUUUUCUGUGCGAUACUUUCUCAAUCUUGUCCUAGUGGAUGAAGAGGAUAGAAGAUAUUUCAAACAACAGGAAAUUGUUUUGUGGAGGAAAGCUCCAGAGAAAUUAAGGAAGAGAAACUUCCACCAGCGUUAUGAAUCUCCUGAGCCCAGGACCCAACCAGUCACUGCAGAGCAGCCAGAGAUGUGAAGCUAAAGAGACUAAAGCUGCACAAAGACUUUCUACCAGGCAGUCAGGCUGUAAUGGCUGCCUGUCUCUAAGGACUAAGAAAAUGGCGUAUACAUGAUGGCAAACCCAGAGACACAGGUUCCACCAUCUCACAGCUACUGUUGUAAGCUCUGAUUCGUCCUUAACCUUAUUUUGUCUUUUUCUAGUGAAUGACUUUGCAAAAUUGCAAUGCAAAAUUACAAAGCAUUAAUCAUUACCAUCUAUGCUCUGAAAAGUAUCCACUGUAUACGGCUAAAGAGAGAACUGUUCUGAAUGCUUUUAAGCAGGGGGCCUUCAUGUGAGUGUAUAUUUCUGCCGCGUCUGGAUUUCCUUGUGUUUUCAUAAUGGUUCAAAUAUUUCUGGCAUCCAUCCCCCCUCUCUCCUGUCGGUAAUCUGGUUUGUUUGGUUAUAUUGGAUAAGGCUGAAAUUAAGGACAGUUGUAAGGGAUCAGAUCUAAUGAAAUUACUAUUUUAAAUACAAUAAAAAAGUAAAUACAUUUAACUUGUCUUAAAUGUAUUAAUUAAGCAGAUGAGUAAGCCCCCUUCGGUCGUCUUAUUUAUUCAACAGCUAGUAUGAUUUCUUUGAAUUAACUUUAUUGCUGAAAUGGUGUCACAUUUUGUUUAGUAUAUCUUAUACACAAUAUAAACUUUGAAAUGACUGUUUGAUGGUUUAUUUUCACUGAUCUUAACAGGUUUUUUUUUUUUUCUUGAGAGAAGUCAUUUUUAUAUGAAUAUAAUUGCAGUCUUCCAGCACUAACACUAAAUAUAAACACUAGACUAUACAUUUAUCUAUGAAAAAUGAGAACAUGUGUUUUCUACAUUAUGAAAACAAUAAUAUUAAUGCUUACACAUGUGUUCUUUACAACCAAAAUUGUUUUAUCUGCAAGUAAUUCAGAAUAGUAAAGUUAACUGUUAUAUGUAAGUACGUUCUCAUUGGCCCAACAGGAUAUUAGAAAGAAUACAGACCUCUAUGGAUAAACUGUGAUGCAUCAUUCUUUCUUUGUAAAAGCAUGAGUUGCUGUACACAUGUCUGAUUGGAUUUAUAACAGUUGUGUAUGUGUAAUAAAAAUGGCUUACACCUGCCAUUAUCUGCACUCAACUUCAGUAAAGCCCCAAAAAGGUGCCACUGUGAACCCCAAAAGGGCAGUUUAUGUCCUGCUUUAAAGAUGCACGCACACUGUUGAAGUCACUGAAUGCUUGUGUGAAGUAAUGCUGAGCUGAUUCUUUUGCACUUUCCAACUGUUAAACCUAAAGGGGGGUCAUUAAAAAGACACGCCGCUAUAUCUACCACCACUUAACAUUUGUCUCUUUGCAACUUAUUUGUACCGCAAUUACUUAUUUCAUUUUUCUUGUUACUACAUGAUAAAACAGAGUAUGUUUGUAACUUUGCAUUAUUCUUGUCAUUAGCAAUUUUGUUUUAUUUUUUGUCCCAUAUUGUAAAGGUAAAAUGCCAAAAAUGUCAGCUCAGCUCAAUUUAUUCUAUUGCAUGUAAACCAACCAUGUCAAAUCAAACCAUGAGUGUGCAUUUGUGUAUAAUAAAUGUAUAUAAAUAAAACUUAAACAAUAUAGAUAAA